AGAAAACGCAUCGUUUACGGAAUGGUCCAAGUAGUCUCUCCCUGAACCCCAGGACACGACCCUUGUCCCUCUGUUUCGUGGUUCUUGCCUUCGUGACCCUCUCGCUCGCUUUUACAGUCCGAAUACUACGUAUAUAUAAUCGCAUAGCUAAUCCAAACAACAACAACAACAACAAUAACCAAACCCUAGGAAUUGGAAGAAGAGAAUGGAGGCGAAAGAGAACGGUCCGAAUGUGAAGCACUCCGGUCGGGGGCGGGUCCUGGACGGGCCAACCAACCCGAUGGUCACGCCUCUGCUCACGGAUCUCUACCAGUUCACCAUGGCUUACGCCUACUGGAAAGCCGGAAAACACCACGAACGAGCUGUGUUUGAUUUAUAUUUUCGGAAGAACCCCUUUGGCGGUGAAUAUACAAUCUUUGCUGGCUUAGAAGAAUGCAUAAGAUUCAUUGCUAAUUUCAAGUUCACAGAGGAGGAGAUCUCUUUUGUCCGUGAAUCCUUGCCUUCUUCAUGUGAGGAGGGAUUCUACAACUAUCUUAGAGGAAUCGACUGUUCUGAUGUUGAAGUGUAUUCUGUUUCAGAGGGUUCAGUUGUUUUCCCAAAGGUCCCAUUGCUAAGAAUUGAAGGGCCGAUUGCUGUGGUUCAAUUGCUGGAAACUCCAUUUGUGAAUCUUAUUAAUUAUGCAUCAUUAGUAGCUACCAAUGCUGCAAGGCAUCGAUUUGUUGCUGGAAAAUCUAAAAUGCUUCUUGAGUUUGGGCUUCGACGAGCUCAGGGACCUGAUGGUGGAAUAGGGGCAUCAAAGUACUGCUACAUUGGGGGGUUUGAUGCAACAAGCAAUGUUGCGGCUGGGAAGUUAUUUGGAAUACCACUUCGUGGAACACAUUCCCAUGCCUUCGUUAGCUCAUUUAUGAGCCCUGAUGAGAUCAUAGAUAAAUCACUUCAUAGCAGUGAUGGAUCAAGUAUCUGUGAGGAUUUUGUUAGUCUAGUUCAGACAUGGUUAAGCAAAAUUCAGUGGUCAAAUUCAUUACGUGGCACAUUUGGUGAGACCAAUCAAAGUGAGCUAGCGGCUUUCUCAUCAUAUGCCUUGGCAUUCCCUAAUAACUUUUUAGCUCUUGUAGACACUUAUGAUGUUAUGAGGAGUGGAAUCCCAAACUUUUGUGCAGUCGCUCUAGCACUUAGUGAUUUGGGGUACAAAGCAGUAGGGAUUAGAUUGGACUCCGGUGACCUGGCAUAUUUGUCUUGUGAGGCCCGGAAGUUCUUUUAUGAGAUCGAGAAGGAAUUUGGAAUGCUUGGUUUUGGGAAGAUGGGUAUCACAGCUAGUAAUGAUCUCAAUGAGGAAACUUUAGAUGCCUUAAACAAACAGGGUCAUGAGGUUGAUGCAUUUGGAAUUGGAACCUAUCUGGUUACAUGCUAUGCUCAAGCUGCUUUAGGUUGCGUUUUCAAGCUUGUUGAGAUAAAUAAUCAGCCACGCAUCAAACUUUCUGAAGAUUUUUCAAAGGUAUCUAUUCCGUGUAAAAAACGGUGUUACAGGUUGUACGGGAAAGAAGGUUAUCCCUUAGUAGACAUAAUGACAGGGGAAAAUGAACCACCACCAAAGGUUGGAGAAAGAAUCCUGUGUCGUCACCCUUUCAAUGAAUCUAAGAGAGCAUAUGUGGUGCCGAAGCGUGUUGAGGAGCUUCUAGAGUGUUACUGGCCUGGAAUCUCAGAUAAAGCCAGAGAAGAUUUACCACCUCUGAAGGACAUUAGGGAACGUUGCAUCAAACAACUCGAGCAAAUGCGUCCCGACCACAUGAGGAGACUGAACCCAACGCCAUACAAGGUGAGUGUAAGUGCAAAAUUGUACGACUUCAUUCAUUUCCUAUGGCUCAACGAGGCACCUGUUGGGGAGUUGCAGUAAGGAUUGCAUGAAGCACGGUACAAUGGCCGGGCAAGUAAUUAUUCCAAUAAACUUGGAGCUUCCAGUAGUAACCACUACACGUUUUUUUUUUUAUCACAUAUGUAAAUUGGAUUGAGGAAAAAUAAUUUGUUCUUUUUUUAGUUAAUAAAAUGAUUGGUAGCUCCUUUCUAUCAA